UGGUUGGACCUCUUCUGUUUCUGUGAAAAGUUUUUCUGAAUUCAGUCAGCAUGCUGGCACCUAAGAAAAUGGUCAGAGGCAAUUACUCCAUGGUGACUGAAUUUAUUCUCUUGGGAUUAACAGAUCGUCCAGAGCUGCAGCCUUUGCUUUUUGUGCUCUUCCUGGUGAUCUAUCUGAUCACUGUGGGAGGGAAUCUUGGCAUGAUGGUGUUGAUCAGGAUAGAUUCACGCCUGCAUACCCCUAUGUACUACUUUCUUGCCAGUUUGUCAUGUUUGGAUUUGUGCUAUUCUACUAAUGUGACCCCCAAGAUGCUGGUAAACUUUUUAGCAGAGAAGAAAACCAUCUCAUAUGCGGCUUGCUUAGUCCAGUGUUAUUUUUUCAUUGCUAUGGUGAUUACUGAAUAUUAUAUGCUAGCUGUGAUGGCCUAUGACAGAUACAUGGCCAUCUGCAACCCUUUGCUUUACAGCAGCAAGAUGUCCAAAGGGGUAUGUGUGCGUCUGAUUGCCGGGCCCUAUAUAUAUGGCUUUCUUAGUGGCCUGAUGGAAACCAUGUGGACAUAUCGCUUGACCUUCUGUGGCUCCAAUAUUAUCAACCACUUCUACUGUGCUGACCCUCCUCUCAUCAGACUCUCCUGCUCUGACACAUUCAUUAAGGAAACAUCGAUGUUUGUGGUAGCAGGAUUUAACCUCUCCAAUUCCUUGCUCAUAAUCCUCAUUUCCUACCUGUUCAUUCUCAUUGCCAUCUUGAGGAUGCGUUCUGCUGAAGGUAGGCGCAAAGCCUUUUCUACCUGUGGGUCUCACCUGGUGGCAGUGACUGUGUUUUAUGGGACUCUAUUCUGCAUGUAUGUUAGACCUCCCACAGACAAGUCAGUGGAGCAGUCCAAAAUAAUUGCCAUGUUCUAUACUUUUGUAAGUCCCAUGUUGAACCCUAUCAUUUACAGUCUGAGGAAUAAGGAUGUGAAACACGCUUUUCAGAAGCUGGUCAGAAGAAAUGUGCUUUCAAAGUAAAAUCAUCCUGUCUUUAUAAAUUAAAUAAAAAUUUUGUUUAUGAAAAUGA